AGCUGGUCUAUCCUGGGUAGAGAGUGGUCGCAUUUUUAUAUCCUAGGAAACACAGGAGACACCCUCUUCUCACAGCACAAACCGUGCCUGGAGUCGCGUGGCGUCUUUUACUUCAUCCGAACCAACAAACUCUGACUUCGCAUUAAAUAUGUCUAAUAUGGUUUGYCGUCAAAAGCCUCAGGUUAUAAUAUAUGACCAACACAGGAUAAGUACUACUCUAUAGCCAACGGGAUCCCGAGGACUUGAUUACAGUCGCUUUAAGCCUGAUAGUUUGUCCGCACGGCUGCUCCCACUCUCCCUUCUACGCACGGCUGUCAUCGGCUGGCAUCUCUUCUAACAAGUCCCCUCUCCGUGGGUGAAGAAGUCCAAGUUCCACUGCGAUCUUGGUCUGCUUUGCCUACUUCCUACAUUUGGUUCCUGUUCUACUCUCAGCAGUGGCGYUUUCCUGGAUUUGGAUUACUCCCUAUUAGAAAUUCAAUAAAAAAAUUURCCAACAUGACUCCAAACGGUUAUUUGAUCUUCGAGGAUGAGAGCUUCCUGGAUUCCACGGUGGCCAAAAUGAACGCUUUGAGAAAAAGUGGUCAGUUCUGCGACGUGAGACUGCAGGUGUGUGGUCAYGAGCUGAUGGCUCACCGUGCCGUUCUGGCCUGCUGCAGUCCGUACUUGUUUGAGAUCUUUAACAGUGAUAUUGAGACUCCUGGAAUCUCACAUAUCACUUUUGAGGACUUAAACCCAGAUGCUAUAGAGAUCUUGCUCAACUAUGCCUACACUGCCCAACUGAAAGCAGAAAAGGAGCUGGUCAAGGAUGUGUACUCGGCAGCCAAAAGGUUCAAGAUGGAGCGAGUCAAACAGAUUUGUGGCGACUACCUGCUGUCUAAAAUGGAUUUCCAAAAUGCCAUCUCCUUUCGAAACUUUGCCAGCUCUAUGGGAGACCCCAGACUUUUGGCAAAGGUGGACGGUUACAUCCAGGACCAUCUGCUGGACGUGUCUGAACAGGAAGACUUCCUUAAACUCCCCAGAUUAAAGUUAGAGGUGAUGCUUGAAGACCACUUGACCCUGCCCAGCAAUGGCAAACUCUACUCGAAGGUGCUAAACUGGGUGCAGCGUAGCCUUUGGGAGAAUGGCGACCAACUGGAGCGACUGAUGGAAGAGGUGCAAACGCUCUACUACUCACCUGACCAUAAGCUGGUGGAUGGAGGGCUGGUGAUUGAGGGGCACAGUGAGGUGUUUGGUGGCGAGGAGGACCACCUCCAGUUUGUGCAGAAGAAACCUGUCCGUGAGAGCGCCCAGAGACAGCUCAGCUGCAGCUCUUCAGGAAGCCUGUCGCCCUCCAACCAAGCAGCAAAUGUCCAAAAACCAAGCGCCAGGAGAGAGUGGAAGUACAUCGCCUCUGAGAAGACCUCAAACAACAACUAUUUGUGUCUGGCUGUGUUGGACGGCGUGCUGUGCGUGAUCUUCAUACACGGCCGCAACAGCCCUCAGACCUCUCCGACUGCCACUCCCUGCCUGGUGAAGAGUCUCAGCUUCGAGGCCCAGCCCGAGGAGGUGGAGGAGCACCCGCUCUCACCCAUGCAUUACGCUCGCUCCGGCCUGGGCACCGCGUCUCUGAAUGGGAAACUCAUCGCAGCAGGAGGUUACAACAGAGAGGAGUGUCUGAGGACUGUGGAGUGUUACGAUCCCAGCGAGGACUGCUGGACUUUCAUCGCACCCAUGCGGACUCCGAGGGCUCGGUUCCAGAUGGCCGUGCUCAUGGGUCAGCUGUAUGUGAUCGGGGGUUCCAACGGACAUUCUGAUGAGCUGAGCUGUGGGGAGAUGUACGAUCCACAUAUUGACGAGUGGGUUCAGGUGUCAGAACUGAGGACAAACCGUUGCAACGCAGGUGUCUGCUCCUUGAACAACAAGCUUUACGUUGUGGGAGGGUCGGACCCCUGUGGGCAGAAGGGCCUGAAGAACUGCGACGUGUUUGACCCUGUGGCUAAAACCUGGUCCAACUGCGCCUCCCUCAACAUCAGGAGGCACCAGGCAGCAGUGUGCGAGUUGGAUGGCUUCAUGUAUGUGAUUGGGGGUGCAGAGUCGUGGAACUGCCUGAACACCGUGGAGCGUUACAACCCUGAGAACAACACCUGGACCCUGGUGGCCCCCAUGAAUGUGGCUCGCAGAGGAGCUGCUGUUGCUGUCCAUGCAGGCAAGCUGUUUGUUGUCGGCGGAUUCGAUGGCUCCCACGCUCUCCGCUGCGUGGAGGUCUACGAUCCUGCCCGCAACGAGUGGAGGAUGCUGGGCAGCAUGAUCUCAUCACGCAGCAAUGCGGGCGUGGCCAUGCUGGGCCAAACCAUCUACGUGGUGGGAGGCUUCGACGGGAACGAGUUCUUGAACACGGUGGAGGUGUACAACCCCGAGACAGAUGAGUGGAACGACUGCACCAAAGCCCCGUCUCCCCUUUCUGACUGAAAGGAGGGAGUAAAGUGUGUGCGUGGGGGGAGAGGGGGCUUUGGAGGCUCACAGUGCUUCAUCCAUUUCCAAACUAACAGGCUUAGUGACGUAAUCAUGUUUCGUGAUGUUUCUAUGUGUAUGAACGGGUGG